AUGAUAAUUGCAAGGCAGCUUUUAACCAAGUCAUCAACAUCGCAGCAGCGUGUUGUAUCUGCUAUCAGAUCUUACAAGUGCUCACAAAGUGCAGUGCUGCUACAUAAAAGGUUCAAUGCUACUGCAACCACCAAUAAUAAUACAAUUAAAUCGCAACCGAAAACUUUGAAACCAUCAGCAUUUGCAUUUCCAUCAGAACCUAAAGUGGCAAACUCAAAUUCAAAUGCAAGUGCAAAUACAAGUGCAAACACGAGCACCAUUGCACCAAAGACCACAGAAUCACAAGCUCGCCCGAAUCAAAACGAAGAAACAAUUCGAGAAGAUAUCGAUGAUUUCAGAGCCACAAAACUAGUGCAUGGCGAAACGAAUAAAGUGAUUGCCAUUACAGAACGAGCAUUACUCAAAUUAAACGAUAUAAGGACAUCCAAUCCCAAAGAUUCUGCAUUACAGAUCCAAGUAGAGAGUGGCGGAUGUCAUGGCUUCCAAUACAACUUACACUUGAUCGAUUUAGAGCAGUUUUUGAAAGAAACAGAAGAUCCCGAAGAUGUGUUUGUAUUUGCGCGAGAGGAGGGUAACUUGAAGGGAAGACUUGUAUUGGACGAUUCUAGUUUGACGAUUUUGCAGGACUCAAAAGUUGACUAUACAAAGGAGUUGAUUGGAAGUCAAUUUAAAGUCGUUGAUAGUCCCUACACCAGCACGUCUUGUGGAUGUGGUGCUUCUUUUGAUUUCGAUUUUGAAAAAUUGGAAAAAAAGCAAAGCGAAGAAGGAAAGUAA